AGUGCAUGCUUCAGAUACAAAGGUUGAAGACCGUUAGAUCUCUGACGCCUUGGAUCCAAUAUGGCAGGUUAGUGUUUGUUAGCGCACUAUAAUCUUAGUUCCUGCGUGUUGUCAUAUGGGAUUCAGAUCCUUCGAACGAAGGAAGGUAAAAUUUUCAUGCACAAUCUUAAUCCCCUGAAAAUACACGAAAUAAAUCGGCGAUCGAAUUUGAAAACUAAUAACUAUUGCAUGAAGCUGGGUAUGCUUGCCUUCGACGCAGAACUCACUUCUAAUGCAAAUAUGCAGCUUUGGCAUUACCUAGCACCAACUUGCUAAGACAGAGGGAGCCUGGGAUCAUAAUCAUUGCAUGCACUCCGCAAUCUUUGAUUAAUAUCACCAAUAUGAAGGUUCUGCUACUUAACGAGGCGUAUACACUGAUGUAUACGAGAUCUUAAUAAUUCAUCGCAAUAUAAGAAGCCGAGUUGAACGAGUAAUAAUACAAUUAUUAGAUUAUCCGUCCAAGCCCAAAACAUGCUUUUUUCUUACUUACUUCUAUGUACAAUUCUCUUCUUCAAAACAUUUUCCUGUUCUUUGGCAGACAUUUUUCAUAACGCAGUUGUCAUUACUCAAGUGGUAUUUACGUAUUAUUGCUAUGUUUUUGAGGCAGUAUUUGUACUAUUUCUCCUCAUAACACGUGAUGGCAUGAAGGUUUGAUUUCGGCCUGCGUUGUCAAAAAACUUUUCAGGAUUUUGAGUUUUUCUUUGACGUCAAUCAAACCGUUAACGUAGCAUCCAAUCCUUGCUUGUCAAAUAAAGGCGGCAAUAAGGAGCAUAAAUAAAUAAAAAUAAAAACAAAUCUUGGCGGGAACUUACCGAUUCGUUUUCACCCUUCCAUAUCUGUGUUUCUUCCGGAUUUAGAAGCUCUAUAGAAACAAUUUCAACUUGCGAAUCUUAAUUUGCCAUGUUUCCUUAAGCAGGUAAAAAAAUUGAGAGCUAUGAUGAUGUUCGAUGUGUGUGAACAACUUGUUCCAGUUCGUUGCCGUCGUUGUUCAUAAUAUACCCACACGAAACUGCUAUCCGGCAUAGUGUAAACAUAGCAUAAGGUUUUUGUCAGGGGCACCCAAUGGAUCUGUUCCUCAAAAUAUCUGUUCUUCAGGCACAUUUUUGCUGGCUGGGAGAUGUGAAAGAAAUAAUAGUCCUUGGAAGGAAAGUGUUGCUGGGUAAAAGAUAAUUCAGGGUGUCAGAGGGGAUUUGAAGUCUAGAAUAGCUGCUACGGGUUACUUGUAUGGGUUACUUACCACUCAAGAUCUGAAUUGUGCCCUAUGAAACUUCCCAGUAAGUCAGGUUGCAGGUUGUAAGGUUGCUGGCUGGGAACUUUUUCAUCAGUCUUGCUGGGAGUGAGGAACAGAUAAUUUUUUUCCAGCAAUCUCCCAAAAUGCUUAAAAUAGUCUCAGAAAGCUUUAUUCACGCUUUGUGGUUGUUUUUAGGUCUUUUUCUCAAAAUUUCCCGUUGGGUGCCCCUGUUUUGUAAGCUGCUCUGACAAAAUGUUGGCGAAAUUGCUAUAGCGAAGGUCCGAGAAUUUGUCAACAUCAGAGAACUCCUGGACUAGGAAAAGGCAAAAGCUCUGCCCGAGAAUACUGCGGUUAGGGUUAAAGACCCAGGGGCAGUCAGUAAGGUCGGGAGAAAAGGUGCUACGAAAGGUUUUCCUACUUGAAAACUUUCGUCGCUUCGUUUCUGACUGACUGCUGCGGAUGCGGAAUAGACCCAAUGUAAUGCGUCAGUCGUUACAUUAAAGCAUACAUCCUCCAAAUUUGGUCACCUCUAGCGGCCAUUAAGAAGUAGCCUUGGGAUUUAAGUCAAUCUGAAACGGAUAAUAAUUUUAAUACAAAAUAAUAAUUAAAAGUGAAAAACAAGGAAGAAAAAUAGUGAGCCGAAUUAAAAUUUCAGUCCUCAAAAACAGUUUAUUUUUAUCAUGAAGAAUGUCCAUAAUGUCUUUUUUUCUUUUUUAUGUCUUUUUAAAAGAAAAAGGUAAAGGAGGAAUAAAACCACGCAACAGUUCAAGAUCAGGAUUUUCGAGGCCUAGAGGGGGUCGAGGAACCUACUACAGAGGUGUUGGGAGUGAUCCGCACGCGGAAGGCCGGGGAAGAGGUCGUGAAGAACAGAGAGGUCGAGGAUCAGUUAACGACGGACAGAGGCGGUCACGUGGAAGAAGGGGUAAUUUCGUCCUCCUUCCUUUUCCCCCUAAAAAGUGAUUUGAGACCGUUUUUUUUCCGCCCUGACUGCUCAUUCCUGCCUCGGGAUGAAUUUGCGAGAAAGCGUGGCUUUUCUGUUGUGAACCUUAUGGCCUCAAUGCAUCUCUGAAUCGUCUUUUGAAUAUUUAAAACAAGCGACUAGGUUUUAACCAGGGGAAUGGUGAGUAUUAACCCGUCCCCUAACAUUUAAUAGUCGCACAUUAAUUUCCAACGUCGCUCAGGUGAUUUUGUGACUCGUUGUGGAGGCCCGGGCGAUAAACUCCAUAUCCAAGAUGAGUAAAUUGGCCCGUUUUAGGUUCCUUCGUAAAGCUUUUCGAAUAGACCUUUUUACCGAUACGGCGGCCAUAUUGAAUUAAUUCGUUUUAAGGAGUAUUAUAGGAUGCCCAGGGGGCAUGAGCACGUUUCGUUUGUAUUUUUGAGUGCCUUUCAGGACAUUUUUUCUUAAAGUUUUCUUAGAAUUAGAUUGUAAUGGAAAAAAAAGAUCCUUGUGCCGUGUUUGGAUGUAAUAAUGAUCGCCUUUUUCUAGUUUAGUAUUAGAAAUAUGGUCUUUCACUGUAUAUUUCUCGGGAAAAAGGCGAUCAUUAUUACAUCCAAACACGGCACAAGGAUCUUUCUUCCCAUUACAAUCUUAUUGUAAGAAAACGUUUAGAAAAAAUGACCCGAAAAGCGCUCGAAAAUACAAACGAAAUGUGCUCAUGCCCCUUGGGCAUCCUAUAAUACUCCUUAAAUCGAAUUAAUUCAAUAUGGCCGCCAUAUCGGUAAAAAGGUCUAUUAGCGCCACGUGAAAGGGGAGGUGCCGCUCGGUCCAAGGCAUCAUUUUUGGUAUCGUGGUCCUUUAUAGGCUAGUUAAAUCUCACAGGAUGUAAACCGUUUCUAUAACCUGAACGACCCGUUCAAUGUUAACUUUUAAGUUAACUUGAACAAAAUAGCCCACUAUGUGUGCUACAGUAUUUGGUAAAAGAGAAAGGAGGUAAUUUAUCAUUUUGUUGAACAGAUGCAGCUUCUCGUGGAUUCAUAUUGGACACUCGAUAUGAGCCAAACAAACUUUAUGUUUUGGGUUUAAACAAAAUAACCACCAAAGAUGGUUUAAAGAUGUUCAUGGAGAGAAUCAGUGAGUGUGAUGUCAAACAUAUCCUUUGGUUUAAGCCAAAAGGAAAGGCCAUUGUGACACUGAAUCGUCCAAUUUCAGGUGCGUAUGUGGUCGCUGAUUUCAAGGUUAUCAACGAUAAGUUUCUGGGAUUCUUACUUUUUGUAGCCUGCAAAAAAAACGUUAGUAUAAUCUGCAGAAUUGUCGUCAUUUUUUGGCGUUUUUCAGGUGAGCGAGGGUAAGCGCGAGGCUGGCGUGGAACGUCAGUAUGCGCCACAGUUUUUCGCCUUCCCUCCGUCCCUCCUGUUUGGUGGUCCAUGCCCGCCCCGUGCUUGCCCUUGCUCGCCUGAAAAACGCAAAAAUAACGGCAGUUAAUUCUGCAGAUUAUAUAAAAAGAGAUUUGAAGAGCAUCGAAAAUGGAAAUCAAAUACAUACAGUGAAGGAACCAAAGUGACAAGAAAGUUUGUUUUAAAACGUGCCAACCGCCAACUACCGCGAUAAUAAUAUUAUUCAAUCAAUGAUUGCGCAUACUGACCUCCAAACUGGUUCGAUUCCUGACCGGACUAACACGCAAAGGUUUUACGUAACUGAGGAUAGUAGAAGGUAAAUAAAUGCCUUUGUUUGCAUCUGCAGUGGUUUAAUAGACCUUCUACGGUCUUCAUGAUCACCUUCACGAUAUGCUUGUUCUGGGACUUAAAAAGAAAAGGAAGAAACACUAAGCCGGACAUAGCAACCUUUGGCAGUGAUUCCCCUUAAGUAGUGGGUAGAGAUGUUUUACUCCUUUUUGGGGGAUUUAAUUAACUUUUUGAGUGGUAUAAGUUAACGCCGAUGACGUCAUGCAUCUUAUUAAGAUAGGAUGGUGUCAGAAUACCCUAGGAGUUGACUUCAUCAAAAAGCAUUGAAAUCAUAAUCUAUAAAUAGAAAAGUGAUAUCAUGUCCCUACUUGGUCAUGAUGGUGCCAUAAUUUAUUCAGGGUAACUUGAUAUCAUGGUUUAUUUUAACCAGUCACUGAUUGGUUGGUGUAGAAUAAACAAAAAAAGACACAGAGGUAAACUGAAAAAUCCUUUUUUCAAUUUUGAUUUGCCAGUAACAAAACCUUUCUCCCAAUUGCAAGUCCAGGUAUUUGGUGAUCUGGCAUCUGAUUAGCAUUUGAUUCGCUUUCACGUGCAUUACGUGUGUUCUCACUUAUUAAGUAGAUUAAGUCUUGGUUCUAAGCCUUUGUGAAUUUUAUGCAAAUUUUCCAAAAUCGUUGUUAAAGACAACCUCCAGGAAUAAUUAAUGGUAAGGUAAAAUAACCUUCAAAAAGCUAGAAAAAGGAAAUCCAAAUUCCCAGGUCACGUGAUGGACCGCGUUCUCCUCUGAUCGAAAAUUGCAACCAACGAUUCCCACCACUUGCUAAACGUGUAGCUCCAGUUUCUCUUAAUCAAAAACUUUGACACUACAAAGUGUCUACGAAAUCAGCUCGGAAUGGUUGGAAUCUUCGCACUUUGUUGGUGCAAUUGGUCCUCACUGACUAGUGCCAGUCCUCCGCUAACUAAAAUUGUCGUUAGGACGAAGAAAAAAUGACUUCGUCUCAUUCCAAUCGUUUUUACAAGAAGACUAUCAGUAGCCACUGUUUGGACCUACGAAAGGACAACGGUUUGCUUUCUACGUUGUGGGCAUUUCGAGCCAAGGGAUUUCUCGAUAAAAUAGGGCGUGCCUCGUCACGUAAUGCAGUUAUAAACAAUUUUUAGAAUGAAAUUUGAAGUUUUUCUAUUGAAGACCAACUGAGCCUAAAAAACAGAAUUGUUAGGAAUACAUCACAGAACACAUCAAGGAAAAUUAACGGAUUUUUGGAUACGUAACUACAAGAGACGCUCGGAGGCCAGGAAAAACCCCUACAAAAAACCCGCGAGAGAUGCGAAAAAUAGAGGAAACCUGGGUAGGAACAAGGCCAAAAAAAACCUCCACGACCUUCUUACGAAGCCGAAAAAAUAACAAUAAUAAACGAAAAUACACACAUCAUAUAUAUAGAUAAAUUCACUGAACGUAGAUCAAACUACAAUAGAGUUAAGCGCUAUUUUUAAAAUCAAUCAACUGAUUUUUAAUAAAUCCUAAAUACAUAUAAAAUUUAAAUUACACGCAGAAAAGGAGACGUAAACGACCGAGAAUGACUCGCAUACUAAACAGCCAUAUUUAUACCAGAAUACAAAUACCUCUUAGCACGUAUUAAAACAACAAUUGCAUUGAGAAAUACUGGAGACACGGGGUAAGUAAAAAAUAAUGCAUAGUGUAAAAAAGAACUAGAUUGCCUUUUUUGGUCUACUUAAUAGUAUAUUUCUUUAAAAUCACAAAGUAUUUUUUCUUUUUGCAAUUAUUACAGGGUCAUAAAGUUGAUUUCCUGUGUCUUUAAAAGAAACGUGUCCGGUUUUAUUGCGAGCAUUUAUUAGUCCCACGUUUCAAUUAAUCCUUCCUAAUUUUUUUUUAUUAUUAUUGUUUUGUGUUUUAUGGUAACAUGUAAGGCUGUCCCUUGGGUCUAAGGGACUGUUUACGUGGAGAUGGGGACCCCAAGUAGGUGAGGUAACCCGCUUAGGUGGGGUAACCCGCCUGUCCGCAUAAUCUCUCAUUUAAAUUUGAUCACGUUGACAUGUUAGGUGGGGUGACCCGCCACAUAUUACCUCUACUACGUGGGGUUCCCCACUUCCAUGUAAGCAGGCCCUAACUUUAGAGCCAAUUUGUGUGCAAAUGUCAGCACAUUGUUGUUCUUCACGUUCGAAUUUCUAUGCAAAUGUGCAUUGUUAACUCGCAUAACUAACCGACUAACGGCGCGUGAAACAAGACCCCCUUCAGGAGUUUGUCAUUUCCCCGGGAUAGAAUGGAGAAAACGGUGAGCAGAAUAUGGCCCGUAAGUCCUUUUCGUCCAUGACGUCAUCGGCGUUAAUUUAUACCACUUAAAAAGUGACUUAAAUCCCUACCCCACUACUUCCUUAGUGUCUGUUCCUGGGCCACACUAUAUAAAUUGGAGGCCAGCCCCGUCGUUAUUGUGAUGGUCUUCGCACGCCAAUGUGGUUAAUUUAGUUUUAAAAAUAAACUUUUCCAGGUUUUGUAGCUUAGUGUGAUUGCAAUUUAUUCUUUCAGGUUAUAAAUUUGAUAAAAUUCGCGAAGAGGCUAAGAAUAGGAAGCUGGACUAUGAGUUCGUGUUAAUUGAAAGAGCACCGGUGUGCAAGAGCAUCUUCGUGAAAGGAAUUCCAGAGGACACUCCCCAAGAGACUAUUGAAAAGUAUUUUGAUAAGUUUGGUGUGGUGGAAAAGUUGGUGUCUAACACAACAGAGGUCAAAGCGAAAGAGCAAAGAGCGAUCUUGUAUUUCAAGAAAGAGAAAAGUAAGAUUUUUUUUAAUUUCUUCAUACUAACCUCUUUCCUACUGUUUUAUAAACAUGUCGGUAAAGUGAAGGCAGGCGAUCGUGAUAGUGUUUCUAGGGAAAAAGCCGAGGUUAGGCCUAGGCCGAAACGUCAAACUUUUCCUGAGACGAACCAAACUCUAAUUUGGGUCGACCUAUAUUAAGUUUUAAAAGAUCGAACUUAGGAUGUGUCGAACCAAUCCACUCUUGAAUCAGACCAAAAAGCAAUCUAGCCAGCUAGCGGGUUUUCAGUAAUAGUUUUUCUCCCGAACGAGGCUAAAAGAUACAUUUCAUACAAAUUUCUCAAUUUAUUAGUUCGGUUCGUCGUAUGUGAAUAUCGACGUUUGCCCCACCCGGAGAUCUUUAUUGGACGUUCUAUCCGUCUGAUAAGUAGACGGCUGGCCGGGACGUGUUGGACGCUCUAAACUCAUUUAGAGAAACUUAACAGAGCCAUACGUCGAACUUUUCAUGAACUUAACUUACUAAGUUUGGUUCGCACCAUGAAAAGUUCGUCAUUCGGUCUAGCCCUUACAUCGUGGAUGAGAAUUAAAACUUUCAUUUCAUAACUUUACUCCAGAAAUUCGGCAUACAGGGAAGUAAUAUCAGACUUUAAAAGGGCAAAUGUAAGAAAAUGUUAGAAAGUAAUCACCUCACUUCCCGAGGGUUACUGGAUCACUACCGUUUGACUUUUAAUUGCUUGUUUACAUCUGAGUCAUUAUGAAUUAUAGGAUCGGGGACAGCAACACCAACGUCAAAAAAAGCCAAAGGUUUUAAUACUACUAAAAACAGUAAUUUUGCUCUUGCGUUAAACCUUUUGGCUUAUUCCUUUGCUAUCACUGCACGAUCGAUCUUUAUGCGUCGUUUCAGGAUAACUUUUCUUUAGUUGACCCAAAGUGCAGCAAUACAGAGUUGCAUAUAAAACGCGAUGUGGCUUGUUACCAGCCGUGCACUUAAAUUAUUGCGUAAUAAUUAAUUAUAUAGCAGCAACUUGUCAUAGAAAGUAAAAGAACCUUCUACUUUGCGCAAGAAAAAUUAAAGAUAUACUGUGUGGGACAAGUUGCUUGCGCGUGUGAUAAAACUAAGUUAAACAUGCUGCAACUGAUGGUGCGCGAAAAGUUGCCCGUAUUACCGCAUCGUCAACCGCUUUGAAAUGGCGCCAAACAUUUUCGUGUAUACAACCCACAUACAGAGUACAUUUUCAUCUUAAUUAAAUACCGGGGGGUACUCCUGGGAAUUCUUGGUGGGGGUGUGCCGCCAGGUUCGUCAAACCCUGACCCGAUUUCAGACCAAAACGUGUUCAGAUUUUCCACACCCGUUUUCAGACGGGACCUCUUUCAGACCUGGACUUUAGGCAGAAAUUAUGUUAUCAUUACUUAUUAGGUAAGAGCGCAAGCAAAAAAAUUCUUCAAAUCCAUUUCGAAUUCGCAUAUUUCUCUUUCUUUCUUACUCAUUUGGAAUUGAAACGAUAGGUACGGUAAAACACUCUCGUAGUUGCCUAGAAAACCAUACCCGAUUCCAGACCAAAAUGGACAAAGUGUUUACCCAUUUUCAGACCAAAACGGCGCAAAAACCCUACCCGGUGGGGCUGCACAUACCUAUAUAGCUCAUAUAAGGGAGUACCCCCCGGAUUAAAUAUCGACUUUCUUCUUUUCUAAAGGUGUGAAGAACAUCGUAGAGAAGGAUCACUUCCUUGCUGAUAAAGUUCACUUGCACGUGGAGAGGUAUUACCCUUUUAUGGGUACAGUAGAACCCGUUGACGAUAAAGGGCCACGAUAUGCCCCAGACGCAGAGAUGCUAGUGACUGAACUCCCAUAUUUUCGCAUGGAUGUGGAUAUGGAUAUUAUCGAAUAUGUGACCAGCAAGUGUAAUCAAGGUUUAGAACUCAAAGACCGACUAUCCCGUGAGCAUGCACACAUCAAUUUGACCAACAGAGAUGGGUAUGUUCUUAUCAAAUACAGCUCUAGAGGCCAGAAGCCAGAUGGAGAUUUUGAUGAAGAUGAAUGGGAAAGACGUUGUCUUGAGAUUAUAACUAACUUCCUGGAGCGUUUCGCAGUGAGAGACAUUCCAGUCGAUAAAGAUAUAUGGGAGCCAGUUAUUGACCAGCUUCCUCAAAUUGAAAUGAUGUUUCCAAGUUUUUCUGCCCAAGUAAAAAAGUUUGAAGAUUUGAAAGGGUUAAGAUUAAUCUGCCUCAAAAAAGAUUUGCCCAAGUUUGAGGAAAAAGUUCAACGUCGGCUUGCAGAAAUCGCGCAAGUAGAGCUGGAUAAAACACUUGAACAAAAAACUUUGACAGAUAUACCCAACGAAAAACUUCAGCUUUUUAAGAAUGCUGAAAUAGAGCAUAUGCUUAAGAAAGAUGUCCAUCAAGAUGUGAAAGCUGAAAUCGAUUUGAGCAAAAGAAGUAUUUUCUUGAAGACUCCCAAAGAUCAUAUGCUUUCAACCACAGCCUAUCUUCGCAAACGCCUAGAGGAAAUCGACCAAAAUUCAUUUUCAAGUCCUCCAGAAAUAAUAGAAAUUUUGAAGACAAAAGUCGGAAAAAGAAAGCUGAAUGAUGCAUUAAAGGACGCGACAGCUGAAGGGUGCGCCUUCAAUGUUGACGAAAAAAAAAAUGCAGUUCUCUUUCUGGGGAGAACUCUCUCAGAUACCCUGAAGGGCCUUGAACUAGCCAGAAAGGUACUUGUUACUGGCAAGCUUGACUUAAAAGACAGUGAUAACGAGUUACUGCUAUCUUCGAAAUGGGAUAAUCUUCGUCGUGAUUUGGAAAAGAGCCUAAAAAUUCGGUGUGAGAGACGAUUGACGGAAUUUCACGUAUUUGGAAUGCAAAAAGAUGUGGAAAAAGCUUUAAAGAAAAUGAGAGACAUUUUAAAUGAAAAGAAAGCAACGGAAGGUGAAUUUAGAUUCGAUUCACCGGCGUAUAAAAGAUUAUUCCACGACUUUCACAAGCAUGAAAUAACAAAACUCGAAGAAGACCUUUCGAAGUUUUCAGUCAAAGUAACGUCCAACGAACGUGGAGAUUUAUUCUUCACGGGGACAGCUGAAGGUGUAAAAGAGAUCAAGGACAAGUUCAAGGCCUUUCAAGACGAAAUAAUCGAAAAGCAUUUCUACAUUUCCUUGCCAGGAAUGAGGAGUUUCUUGGCGAAAAACAAAGGUGAACUUGUCGGGACUGUGGAACGGGAAAACAAAUGUGUCAUCGAAAUUGAAGAAGUCUGCGAAGAACAUCUGGAUGAACAAGUCGAUAGCGAUGACAUGUCCAGCCUCGAUACGGACAACGAGAACGAGGGCUUCGAUGAAGAUGAUGAAACAUUUAGGACUCUAGAGGGAAAGAGAAUAAUCUACAAAAGAGGAAAAAUAGAGGAAGAGGAGGUAUGCGUUUUUUUGGUAUUGAUUUCGAUUAACCGUCUCUCUGUUUACGGAAUCUACGAGCCUUUUCAUAUGAUAUGGUGACGACUGGUGAAAACGCACCGUGACUGACGCGUUUCAUACUUUUAAGGGAACACGCUGAAGUGCGUUUUGUCACGCUGAAGUGCGUUUUGUCACACUGAAGUACGUUUUGUCACGCUGAAGUGCGUUUUGUCUAGUUUGAAACACGAGACGUAACUCGAAUAGUUCUACACUGAACAAACUAAUAGUUCCCUCGAAUUUCCCUCGCGAAACAUUAAGACCCUCGGGAAAACAAAACUAACCGUGUUUCCCUUGGCACAUGAUAUCAAGUAGCCUGCGUGCAGACGAUAACUAAACUCUGAUUAGUACCGUCUGCGAAGCAGCGCAGAGAUCCUUGUUCUGGACCCCCAACCGACUCAAUGAAUUACCGGAAGUGCAUUUCGAAUUUCCCUUCAACCUGAUUGCUCAUUAUCAGUCUUGCGACAAACAAAACAAAGGUCUUUUUUAACUGGCCAAUCGUGGUGCGUACUCAAAUCUGGCGACACAGCUGGAAGUCCAGAACAAGGAUUUCGGCGCUGUUUCGCAGACGGAGUUAACCAGAGUUUAAUUUCGUCUGCGCGCAGGCUAGAUAUCAAGUCCUAGUGGUCUAUUAUCAAUGCUGCGUUAUGAUUGGUUGAUCUACUACUAAGUUAUAUCUUAUAGCCCACUAGUAGCGAAAAGUGGCGGUUUUGAAAACCAAAACAAUGGCGGCUGAAUCGCGUUUUGCUAGCUAAAGUUGUUUGUCUCGAUAUUUUUGACCAACUAAUUGGAUUUUACUAAAACAAUUAUUCCUCUCGCCCGCAUGGCUUCUGAGUCAAUAGCCCAUUCGGCCUUCGGCUUCAUGGGCUAUUGAUUCAGAGCCCAUUCAGACUAGAGGAAUAAUUGUUAAUUAUUUUUCUUUCAUAAACAGGCGGAUGUGCUGGUUUGCUCAGUCGGUUCAAACUUGAAUUUGUCAAUUGGAACGCUAGCACGUGCCAUGAGCAAGGCCGCUGGUCCAGCUUUAAAAGAAGCGCUUCUUAAGGAAACGAGUAUCAUGAGACCAGGGGGAAUUGUUCAUACGUCGAGCGUAGGAAACUUGCCAUGCCGUCACGUGGUGUUCUGUGUGUGUUGUCCUUGGGAUGAAGGGUUAAGUGAUGAAAAAGAGGUAGGAAUAAUACAAAGCUCUUUAACAUCAUCGAUUAUUAAUGGUUUUUUUCGACGUCCAAGUAGAGUGGCAUAAACAAUGAUGUACUUAGGCUUAAGACAUUUAAUUAGCUCCGUACUUAGUAAUUAACAGACAAAUUUGUAAUUUAUAUAUGAGAGCAUGGUUUUUUUCUUUCUAAACCUAAAUUUGAAACUAACUUAGCCUUUACUACUUUCGUCUUCAGUUCAAGCAAAAAUAAUGUUGUCUUAGAAAUGUAAUUCCUUAAUUUUUAGCAGAAGCUGUAAAUUAAUAUUAAUUUGUAAGGAACUCUGACUACCAGCAAAAUAUUUCCUAUAGUUUUCACCUCAUAAUAGUGCAUCCCUCCCGCGAUACCAUGCGCGUUGAGCAACCUGAAGAACUAACACUUUUUUGAAUGACAUGAGGUCAGACUAAUUUUCUUUUAAUCUCGUUGUAUUGCCAUUAAAAUUAAAAGGAGUGACAGAAUAAGCCUUUUUCAGUUUUGCAUCCUUUGGGCAAAACCUUGAGAUUUCGACUUUUUUCGGUCUGUAUAUAGAGACCCUUUGGGACGAAGCAUAUAGUGUUUAGACGGUUUAACGGCAUGGACGCGACACUUUGCUUUUUACAGUGUUGAAAGUCGUCUGACUUAAAACUAAAGAGGGCCUCUUUAGUUUUAAGUCAGACUAGCUAAGUUUUACAUUAAAACCAGUAGCACUCACUGUCAUAUCAUUUCUUGGAGCUUUUCAAUGACCCGUUAAGUUGUUGUUGUUGUUGUUGUUGUUUUUUUUUUUCCUUUUAAAGAUUCUUCAGACGUUGGUAAGGAAGUGUUUUGACAAAGCGUUGGAGCUAGGGUCGUGUUCCAUUGCUUUACCACUCAUUGGUACCGGUAAUCUCCGUUUCCCGUAUGAUAUUGCCGUUCAGGUCAUGGUGGAUGAAGCCCUCAGCCACAGCAAAAGUUACCCCAACUCACCCAUAGAAGAGGUUAAAUUCGUUGUACACAAGGAAGAUAAAUCUGGGUUGUUAGCCUUCGAGGAGAAAUUUAGGGAUAUAAAGAAAGACCCUGAACGAGAAAGAUUUGUGCUUCCCGGAAACCCCUUGACCAGGCACUUACAUUGUAACAAAGUUGAAGCGCCGACUCUAACAGGACCGAGAUGUACGAGAGCCUAUAUAGGUGACACAGCUGUGGAAAUAGCACGUGGAGACAUUACCAAGGAGUCCUCAGAGGGCAUAAUCAGUGUUAUAGGCGAAGAUCUUCAACUGAAAAACGGUGUGUUGAGUGCGGCCAUAGCUGAUGCCAGCGGUAGUGAGGUCCAAGAGGAGCUGACAGCGUUUAUAUCCCAAGUGUCUAAAACGGUUUUGAGAACUUCUGCUGGACACUUGCCAGCCAAAUGGAUUGUUCACAUGGUCGUACAAUCAGGAAACAAACAACACCUCCAAGCUUGUGUCCAAUCAGCUCUUCAGGAAGUCCAUUCCAUGGAAUUGAAGUCGAUUUCUAUUCCUGCGAUUGGUAUCGGUGGGCUAGGCUUAAGUUCACAAGAAUCGGCAGAAGUGGUUUUGGGUUCAAUCUACUCCUUCUUGAUGACAGUGGGCCCUCCCAUCACUGUUCGAGAAAUAAGAGUUGUUGUCCUCGAUGAUGAGUCAGUAGAAGAGGCGUUUGCUUGUACCCUCCAACAGAUGACUUCCGAGUCCAGUAAAAGCUACAGCUCCCCGGCUCAAGGCGAUAAAGAAGAAGAGGCAGUCGGAACUAAAAGAAUAAUAGAGGGCUGUCGACACAAGGUGGUGGUGUAUCGACGACACGAGGUUUGUGAAGAUGCCAUAGUGGCUCUAGAGGCCGGUGUAAAUAAAGAAUGUCAAUCUGUUGACUUCAGCGAAGAUGCCAUACACCGUUUACCAAAACGGUGCAUCAAGGAAUUGAGGCGAAAGGGGCGUGAGGAAGAUGUUAGUCUUGAUUUUUCCCGACCAGGGACUAUCGCCUUAAAAGGAUUUCCAUCUGAUGUCCUGAAAAUGCACGGAGAAGUUUUCAAAGUGGUUCAAGAUCAGAUUAAGGAGGAACAUCAACUGGAACGCGCUCAAAUGACGUCGCGAAAUGUUCAGUGGUGUUACCUGAGUGUAAGUGGGAAACACGAACCAUUUGAAAUGAUGGCGAAUUAUGACAUAGAAACAGCGUCUCAGUCCAAGCAACCUUCUGUCUCUUUCACGCAUAAACAUUUAAAGGCUGAAAUUAUAUUUGACCUUCACCAAGUCAAGUUUCUGAAAACGGGGGCAGUAAAGAAGAUCUUUCGGAAAGAAGGCAAGUGUUAUUAGGUUAUAGAUUUUACAGUUUGUAUAUGUCUGUGAGCUCCGUUCCCGGGCCCUAAGCAAAGGUCUGUUUUCGGUAAACAAAUGUUGAAUAAAUCAAGAAUCUAAAGAAAAUAAAAUCUCUUCGUAAAUUAAAAAAAUGAUAUUAAGAUUAAAUCACAGUGAAUCAAGUAACUUUUACAAGUUCGAACUUUUUCGUUGAACUACAGUCAUCGAAUGGCACAUUACGUUGUUCGGCCCUGCAGAAGUCUGUGCUAUAGGUAACGUGUCCAUGAAAGGUGAAAUUAUGUUUGUCAAUGUAAACAGUCAUAGGAAAAUGCACUUUCUUUUCUUUGAUUUAGUUAUUCCCCUUCCCCCUGAGUGGGAUAGCCAUCCCCUGGAUCAAAAAGGACGGGAAAAGAGGCUUCAUCUAGUCCUUCUUGAGGAAAAGUCGUCCGAGUACCAGGGAGUUGAGCGCAUGUUUAUGCAAUCUUUGGCGAACGAAAAGGUAUGUAUUAACUGAGUCCAUACUGCCAUUGAAAUUAGAGUCCUGGUCAGUCGGUGAUUUGCGAGGUUUUAAAGUUGUCGGCACUCUCAGGGUAUACAAAGGGCGAAUUCGUUCUCAAAUCAUUGACCUAAAUUUUGCACCCCAUUUUUUCCCUUUGUUUUAAAGGUGAGUCUCAUAAGUAUUCAGAGGGUCCAGAACCCACCAAUAUACCGUUCCUAUACGAUGAAAAAGCAAAGUAUGGCAGAGAAGAAUGGAAACCACAAAAACGAAAGUUAUCUGUUUCAUGGAACAGGAUAUCACAAUGUGAAGGACAUCUGUGCUCACGGAUUUAACCGGAGCUUCUGUGGAAGUAAUGGUAAGACUACACCAGUUCCUCCUUAAAAAUAGGUAGCUUUCGAUAACAUUAACGUAGGCUUCCUUAGGGAGAAAUGGGCUCCCUUCAAACACUGCCCUUGAGAAAAAUAACUUGAACUAAGGCUCAAAGGCAGCAACCUCUUAGGUUUCUCUCUUUUUUUCCCCUUUUGUUUCUUUGUAAUUAGAUUUAUUACUUUCUAAAAAAAUUGUAUAAUAUUCUAUUCUAGCGUUAGACUGUAAAGUAAAGAGUUCAUGUCUGUCUGUCAUACAAAAAGUAAUGCUAGGGUUUGGAAGAAAGAACCACAGAAACUGUUGAAUUGACAAUUAUGGCUAAUGUGUAUAAAGUUUGUGGGCUAUGACUGGACUAAGAGUACGUCAUAUGCGAUGCUGCUACAAUCACUUGCGAUUUGAGAUGUUUCUGAAGAAAAUAGGAGUACAUCAGCUAAAAGAAAAGUGAAUGAGAAGCAUCUGAAAGACAUAAAGGUAUUUGUUCAAAUUAAGGGAGACAGCGCUGAUGCAAGCAGUCGAAUGAAAAAACAAAACAUUAAGCCCCCAAGGGGUAAUGCAAGCACGUUUCGGGGGAAACUUAAUUAAAAGUGUUGUUUAAUUAAGAAACGGUCCAGAUAAGAACGAUAGCAACAACGGCAACGAACAUGUUGGAUUGCAAAAAAGGUGCUAACUUUUCCAUUGUCUGUACUUACUUCUGACUGGCUUAAACAGCAAGCGUUAACAAAACUUCAUAAAGCAGUACAUAUAUUCAUCCUUACUCUCCAACCAUCUUCCAUAUAACAAAAUCUGGUCUCAGUUUGAGUAACAAAGAAAUCCUAUGUGGGGAACAUGUAAAAUUGUAAACUUUUCUUGGCUAUUGUUUUCAACUCUUGUGAUUGGUCAAAAUCUUUUAACACAAAAAAACACCCUUUCAAAGUGGAGUGUAAAUGCAUUUUAUUAAGUAAACGGUCUUCAUGUAGGUUUAUGCAUUCUCUGUGUAAAAAUGAGAACAUUCCUAUUUGGAGAAAGCACUGUUGCCGCAUAACAAAAGAAAUUGCUAUCCACCUUACCCGGAUCAUUACUUAAUUUAGUGAAGAUGAUGGUAUCCGGUCAUUUCUCUAUAAAAACCUGAAUGUAAAGGGGAAAAGCUCAGGAACAUAAAGUUGGAGGUCAUGAAAUCGAAGAUCGUUGAACAAAUUUAGGCUUCAAGCUUGUGAAUAAAUUCCAUAUCGGAUCAUUCAACAUGAAGUUUUAGAGUUGUGAUUAAGAAGUACAUUCUUCUAUUUGAUAUCAAAGGGGUAGGGAAGAGGGGUGUAAUAACAAUAAAGUGGGAGAUUUAAUAGGGAGGGGGGCUUAAUAGAGAAUUUAUGGUAUUUUGGUUCUGGAUAGGCCAUUUGCACUAAGAGGACAGGUGACAUCGUUUUUAUAAAAAUGAAAGUUAUAUGAUUUUUCUUUGUAAAAACGAUUAGUGGGUCAUAUCUCUAACAAAAUAAUAGUGAUUAGGUUUUUCAAACCUGCACCAUUUUCUUAAAAUGAUUAAGUUCUUUGCUGGUCACGUGACCAAAAUGUGAUUUUAAAAUUAUGAAUUACCUAUUUCUAAACACAAAUUUUGCACUUAGACUUCAAGGAAAAUGUUGAAAAGUUGAUGUGGGAACGUUUACAGCACAUCUGAGCGUAACUAUCAAACUUUUAACAAGAUCUAAGCAAAAAGUAGUUUUGGCCGCCAUGUUGGAGGGCAAGAGUAUGCCCUCCAACAUGGCGGCCAAUACAACUGAUACUACUUAGUUGAAAGAUCAAAGAACCACAAAAUAUCUCCCUUAAAUACUUUUCCUCUCAAAUUUCGGGUGUAAGAUAAUUAUUAUAUGCUCUGUCAAUUUUUGGCAUCAACAAGAUUCCAACCCAUUGUUUAACCCUUUAAGCUCCAAGAGUGAUCAGCAUCAAAUUUGUCCUUGUAAUAUCAAUGCUUUGUAAAACAGAGUGGUCAUGAGAAUUACGGACAUGAUCACACAAGAUGAAUUUCCUUGAUAUUUUAUCAACUUCUCGCCUUUACUUCUGCAGGAAAUGAAUAGCAGCAACAAAUGAGAAUUCAAAUUUUGAUCUUAGGGGCUUAAAGGGUUAAAGGAAGCAUUGGUCACUUGACCUCUUAGUGCAAGUUGCCUAUUGACGCUCAUUCGAAAAAAUCUUGUUAAAGAGUGAUAUUUUUUCCUACUACUUGUUUCAUUGGGUUUUGUUUAAGGCCAGAGAGAUAUAGGUACCUGGGUGGUCGAAUUAUCCAUGGAGUUGAGAGCUGUGUCUUUCAAACAAAGGAAAUCUCGAUGUGAUGCCGGGAGAUCUCGAUAUGGUUUUUAACUAAAGAAGCUGCAUCAAAAUGUCAUUCAUACUAACGGUCUACCAAAAUUUUCUUACGCACGAACAUUUCAUUUUUACUGAGUACAAGUUCAUUCUAUUUCUUAUAGGAGUUAGUUAUGGAGAAGGCGUGUAUUUUGCAACCGAAGCUUCUUACUCUCUCUCAUUCUCAAAGCCGCCGAACUCUAAAGGUGAAUGCUGCAUGUUUCUCGCAAAGGUACUAUCUGGCAAGUAUGCAACUGGAAAAGAAUGUAUGAAGACACCACCUCCGAUAGACCCCAACAAAGGCGAACUUCUCUAUGACUCAGUCGUGAACUCUACUGAUGAUCCGACUGUCUUUGUGGUAUUCCAAGAUGACCAGUGUUAUCCCGAAUACCUAAUCACUUUUGAGUGCUUAUCUAGUUAUUACUAAGAAGCCCAGAGGCAUAGCGUCAAAUUAGAUAAAAUACUCACUACAGCUGAAUAUUAAUACCACAGGUAGCCCAAGCUUGAAAUAUGAUGAGCGUGGGCACAGGUCUAUCCUUCAGCAGGAAUUAAAGCUAUAAAGAAGGAUUUUUUAUUGGGAAAAAUGAUUGUUUACGAAAACUAAAUAUAUCAAAGAGAUUUAUAUUAAAAACGACUUACCCUACAGAAGUUGUGUGCUUCUUAUUCUUUGCGUGUUUUCGCCGAACCGAUUUAUGGCCAUUUUCUUGGUUUCAGUAGAUCCGGUUUGCUCAGUCGAUGCAUUCAAACCCAUAAAUCGCCAUGGGUGUUUAUUUUUUUAAAUUCAUAUCUCGGUCAUAUUAUUUGUAGGUUUCAGGAACAGUCAUUGAAUUGUUUUCCUCUUAAAGAUCUUUAUAUUUUCGAACUGAGUUUUAACUCGGUGUCGAUGCUCAUAUUUCGAGCUUGGUACUCCACUGAAUAUCUGAUCUUAACUCAAUUGUGCGUAAGUGCGCGCUAGUUUGCAUUGUAAACGUACUGAUUUAGCAACGUAUCGUAGUUCAAGUUUCAGAUCGAUUCAGACCGCAUCCGGCUUUUACUUGGUAUAAAUUAUUAUUUGUGAAUCAAUUUCAUGUUAGCCUACAACCAAUUUUUUAGCAGUUUGGUAUUUUACAUAUAGUUGGAGCACCAGUAGGUACAUAGCAUAAAUUAUUGUACAUAAUUUUCUUUAAACUAAAUCGAUUCAGUUAAACAUGACCGCACUCGAUGCAUAAUACAGAUAUCGUGAAAUUAUUGUACGAUUCACCACUUAAUAUAUAAGAAUUUUGGAACAGUUUAUUCAUUGUCGGUUAGCAUUUACUCACUUAGGGUAGAUAUUUGGAUUAGGGAGGGGUGGGUAGGAAGUUUCUCAGACCACCACUUCGGCCAGACUGCCGCCUCGUUAACCGCGGGCGUCAUAAAAUUGGCUUAAAGGAAAGGACUUCGUGGUGAAAUCAAAAGGGGCCCUUAGUUAUGGUGACGUAUUGCUUCAGGGGCCUUUUCUCAACCCAGGUGUGGCAGUGUUGUUAUAUCAAAUCUUAUGCAUGAUGUCCAUAACAAUAUGAUGGUACCUUCUGGCAUUUUAAAUCUAUUUCAAGAAUUAGCUGCCACUACUACAAUACAACAGCAUCGGCUUCAGGAAAUUUUUAUGUUAACAGAUCCGAUCUAGACAUUGAUUAUAUAAACUGCAACUCCCAAAGAAUAAGUUCGAAAAAACACUCCGCAAAUUACUUUUUGAUAUUCUGAAUUCAGAAUAUUGAUACGCCCACCUUAAUUAAAAAGGUAAAAUUAGCCAAAAAUGUCGAAAAAAAAAUUCUUGCUUAUUAGUUUCUACUAUUACAAUUUAUUUGUUUAAUUCUUUUUCCUUUAGUCCGUUAUCUAGUCCACAUCCAUAUUACGAUUUCUAUUUCAUUUAUUUGUAACUAACUGUAAACUUUCCUUAGUUAAUAGCCUUAGCCUUUAUUUCUUAUAUUUUGCACGCAUUGUCCCGCCUCGAAUAGCCUUGCUAACUGCUGGC